AUGAAGUACAACCUUCGAGUCCUAGUUCCAUCACCGGUCGGCGAUGCUGAAAUCAACACCCAGUACGAGGACAUCCUCGACGUGUCCUUCGCAAACUGGGAGACAAAGAAAGCGCCAAAGAAGUUGACCCAACAGUUAAUCCCCUCAGACGCGAUGACUGUCCGCCAGCUUCUCAGCCGGCAGUUUUGCUCUGGGGUGGCCCCACGGCCGUGGGCUGCCGGGAGCCCGCUCUCGUAUUCAAGCACCCCACCGGUCGCCGCGGAAGACCUGCCGCCUUGGGUCUUCUGCGUGGACCACUACUCUGCCGACACUGCCGUCCACAUACCGAAGGAAGAUGCCGUUCUGGCAUUACCGAGCACCUUCCGUUCGGUAAUCCAUCCCGGCGAUCGCGGCACCCCGCUACCAUUCUGGCUCUUGGACUUGUGGCGACGUCUGCGCAACGUCCAUACGGUUCGGUCCAAUGUCGAGCGUGGACUGGAGUGGCUCAGCGAAGUUGGACGACAAGAAGAAGUUGACAGAGCGGUCGUCAAAGUACAGACUGCCCGAAUGCUCGACCUGCCGGCGUUGCUGCACCCAUGGUGCGACCUCUUCUCGCAUCUGACCACGGACGACCGUGACCUCAACGACGAGUUGAUCGACGCAGUCGUCGCUAUCGUGAUGCGUCAUACCGACCGCCUCACCCGCCCCCUCCACGUCUAUUCCCCUAUCGUGACGCAACUGUCACCGGUAGACUUGGUCGACCUCUUCGGCAAACUCGCCGCUCGAGGUGACUUCGCUACUGACAGCAUCAUCUGCCUCCCGUGGUAUAUUGGCGGCGAGUGGGUGUUCGUACUCAUCAACAUGGCAGGUGAUGACAUCAGAAUCGGUUAUUGCAUCCCCCAACACGACCACGAUGGCUUACUCGAGAUCGCCAUGCGCACUGCGAUCCGGAUCGCUCACACGGUGGAAGUGUCGGUGCGCCAGACUCGCACCGACUGGAUAGUGCGCAAAUAUCAGCGUGGGGAUGAAGAUCAAGAAGCCUCCGUCUUGUCUGGGCUUGCUAUCGCUGUAGGAUUUCUGAAGAACCUUUUGGAAGGGUUGACGGUUUUCUCGAGCGAAACAGCACGAAGACAUCGCAUAGAAGUCCUCUUUGCCAUCUUGGACCACCACCCUCAUAAUCCGGUCAUCUUGGAAGAUGAGAAGCUGAGUCUGUGGGAGUCGCAGGACACAGUACGGAUCUUCUCCCGGACACUGGUGCCUCCCUUGACAGUCCUUUCCACAUCGCCGCCGGUGUUCACGCGGACACUCGAACCACCGUCGUCUUCCUCGACCGCUACAUCACCUUGGGCCUUAGGUUUCCAGAGUGGCAAGCGGCUUUCUGACCUGUAUGGCGGUACCGCCGGAAUCCGCCUCGGUCGCUGCGCCAGUCUUCUCCCGGACACUGGCGCGACCUUUGACAACCCUUUCCACAUCGCCGCCGGUGUUCACGCGGACACUCGAACCAGUGUCGUCUUCCUCGACCGCCCCAUCAAAGCCAUUUACCCCCCCCGGAGGGCAGAGCCUGAUGGGUGGUGUCUCGUCGUCCUCCCCCCUGUCCACAGUUACGCGACCGCUGGCGCGCUCCUCCAGGCCCGACUCUCCACUGUCGGAAUUCACUCGGAAGCUCACCAUGCCCGUGACUGCCGAACCGUCUCCUCCGGUAUUCAGCCGAAGGCUUGCCAUUCCGUCGACGACAUCCUCUUCGCAGCCGGUAUUCACCCGCACACUCGAGUCGCCGUCGGCAUCCUUGACCGUCCCAGGCCCACCACCGGCUUUCACACGAGGGCUCACCGUCGAGUCCAAACCGACGUCGUCACAGCCGGUAUUCAUGCGAACGCUCGCACCUGCCGACGCUUCGCCACCGGCAUUCAUCCGGCAACUGGCCCGCCCUCCAACACCGACCUCCGCACCACCGGUGUUCACUCGCACACUGUCCAGUGCUGUGGAACCCAUGCCACCGGUGUUCGCACGUAG